CGAAGGUGUGGAGAGAAUUGAAUACUAUUGUUCAGGAGGCUAUCAUCCAAUACAGAUUGGAGAUCACUUUCACGGCCGAUACCGAGUAAUACAUAAGCUAGGACACCCCAACUAUGAGCCAACCAUGGAGGCUAUCAUCUUCGCACUGAAAAUAAAUUUCGCUUGCGAAAAUGCUCAGAUCGCUACUAUGGGGGUCAUCAAAGUUUCUUUGCUCUUCUUCUACCGGCGCAUCUUUGGCAUUUCUCGUCCGUUUGUCAUGGCGAGCAAUGUGCUCAUUGCACUGAUCUCCAGCUUUACAUUGGCAAUUGUACUGGCUGUUAUCUUCUCCAAAUGGCCGGUAUACCUUCAAUGGGACCCCACCGCCCCCUACGAUAUCAAUGCGUCAGCGAUUCUUAUCUGCUACGUUGCCGGGAAUAGCUUUUUCGAUCUUCUGACGCUGGUUCUUCCAAUUGCCGCCGUGCAGAGAUUGCAGAUGGAUCAAUCAAAGAAGCUCUUCAUGUCCGUCAUCUUUGUCUUGGGGAGCACCUGCAUGGUGGCAUCACUUGUUCGACUCUACUAUGCUGUUCAGUGGACGAAGGAGACUGCAACCAUCAGUAGUAUGUUCGAGGCGCCCUUCAUUUACAAUAUUCUCUGGGCACUUCUCGAGCCACCCAUCUUCAUUGUUGUGGGCUCUAUGCUUACAUUCGGACCCCUUCUCCGUAAUUGGCGAGGUCCCAAGCAAUGGAUUCGGCUCAUCAGCAGCAAGAAGGAAGGAUCAACGAAGAUUCAAGGCGCACGCAACCGUCCGCAGUCACAUUUUCAGUCGGGAAACUCCCACCGGAGCGGAGCAGAGAAGACUUUGCCUCCGAUCUCCUCCAGCCAGGUGGACCUCCUGCCAGUUUGAAAAGUGC